UGCUAUUGCAGUUUGCAAAGCCCGGCCCUUUGAAGAAACCGGGCUAACCUCAUUAGGCAUGUCAUACGGCGUCGUCGGCAACACCCGACGCAACUAAAAGUGGCGGGAAAAGAAGAGCAAACAUAAUGGAGUUCUAGGGUUUCAAUCCAACCACAGCAAUCAGCUUCUCCAAUCAUCACACAGCAGAAGAAAAUCUUCGAAUCGAAAUCAGAAUGCCGACAUACAAAAUCAGGGGAAUCGAUGUGGAAUUCCCUUUCGAGGCGUACGAUUGCCAGCUUGUUUACAUGGAAAAAGUCAUCCAAUCUCUUCAAAACAAAUGCAAUGCCCUGUUAGAGAGCCCAACUGGAACUGGAAAAACACUGUGUCUUUUGUGCGCCGCGUUAGCUUGGAGGAAAAGUCUAGGUGCAUUCUCGAGAGGUCGGAGUGAAAGAAGCAAAGUAAGAGGAAGUCAGGGAGACGAUGAAUUCUCGCAAACCCAAUCUUCAGAAUUUCCGAGAAUAAUUUACACGUCACGCACCCACAGCCAGAUUAGGCAAGUGAUCCAAGAGUUGAAGAGGUCCAACUAUAGGCCCAAAACCGUGGUAUUAGGAUCCCGGGAGCAAUUGUGCAUCAAUGACCAAGUACGUUCACUUCGUGGAAAAGCACAGACAAAUGCUUGCCAUGCCCUGUGCAGAAAGCGUUCCAAGCGAUAUUGUUCUCAUUUUUCACGUGUUACAGAAUUCGUGAAAAAGAAUCCUGGCAUUGGAGAUGACCCGAUUGACAUAGAGGACUUGGUCAAUAUCGGAAGAAGCUCUGGACCGUGCCCUUAUUAUCUGUCACGGGAUCUCCAUAAGGAUGUUGACAUCUUAUUCGCACCUUACAAUUAUCUUAUUGAUCGUGGAAAUCGGAAAUCUUUGAAAAUUGACUGGCAGAACAGCAUCCUUAUUUUUGAUGAAGCUCACAACUUAGAAAGCUUAUGUGCUGAUGCAGCCUCUUUUGACCUGCCUGCAAGUCUUUUAACUGCUUGCAUAUCAGAGGCCCAAAAAUGCAUUGAUCUUUCCAUUACUAGGAGAGAUGAAUCAAGUGAUAAAUCUUGUAAUCCAGAUAAUUUUGCUAUUCUGAGAGCACUUCUUUUGAAGCUCGAGAAACGAAUAGCUGAGGUGCCAAUUGACUCCAAAGAAUUAGGUUUUACAAAGCCUGGCCCUUACAUUUAUCAGCUACUAUCUGAGCUGAAUAUAACUCAGGAAACUGCCGACAUGCUCACAGAUAUCAUUGAAAAAGCAUGUGUACUUCUUGAAGAAGAUGCAAAUGGAAGUGACAGUGGAGGAACAAAUAAAUCAAAUGGGACCUAUUUCAGGCUAGAAAGCAUGGGUGACAUUCUUAACAUGAUUUUUAGGGAUAAUUCUAAUGCUCAUGCUCAAUACUAUCGUGUUCAUGUCCAUGAAGUCGAGGCUACAGAUUCCUUUAGAGGGAAAACUUCUAGAACACUAAGCUGGUGGUGCUUCAAUCCUGGGGUUGCCCUGGAAGAGUUCUCCAGGCUUGGCGUCGGUUCUAUUAUUUUAACAUCUGGCACAUUAUCACCAAUGGAUUCAUUUGCAGAAGAAUUGAAGCUAGAAUUUCCUAUUCUUCUGGAGAACCCUCAUGUUAUAUCUGGAAAUCAGAUAUGGGCUGGAGUUGCACCGGCUGGGCCAUCUGGUUAUUCUUUCAAUUCUUCAUAUCGAAAUCGUGGUUCUAUAGAGUACAAGUCGGAACUGGGCAAUGCCAUUGUCAAUUUUGCUCGAAUUGUACCAGAUGGGGUGCUUGUGUUUUUUCCAUCUUACUACCUUUUGGAGCAAUGCAUAAACUGCUGGAAAACCACGGGUCAGCAAAAUCUAACCAAUUCAACAACAAUUUGGGAAAGAAUUUGCAAGCAUAAGUUACCUGUCGUGGAACCUAGGCAAUCCUCACUCUUUCCUACGGCAAUCGAAGAUUACAUGACAAAGUUGAACGAGACUUCCUCUUCUGGGGCAAUUUUUUUCGCAGUGUGUCGUGGCAAGGUGAGUGAAGGACUGGAUUUUGCUGACCGUGCUGGCAGAGCUGUGGUCAUCACUGGGUUGCCGUUUUCCACCAUGACUGAUCCUAAGGUUCGAUUGAAACGUGAAUACUUGGAUCUACAAUCACAAAAGUUUGGAAACAAGGGUCUGACUGGAGAAGAGUGGUACACUCAACAAGCAUCACGUGCUGUAAAUCAGGCUGUGGGCCGUGUCAUUCGUCAUAAGCAUGAUUACGGAGCAAUUAUAUUUUGCGAUGAGAGAUUCACGAAUUUAAACCGACAGGCUCAAAUAUCAUUGUGGAUACGACCUCAUGUCAAAUGUUAUUCCAAAUUUGGUGAUAUAGUUUACACACUCACUCGCUUUUUUAGAGAUGGUGGAGCACGUGUCCUUCCGAAGCUAGAACUGACACAAAAUGAAGACAGUGAAAGUGUCCGAGGUUUAGAAAGCUCCCAACCUUUGGAGAAGUACCAUCCUGAGAAGCUUCUUCUUCCCCAGAUUAAAAUAGAACCAACUUGCUCAUUGGACUCGUCGUCUUCAACAAAACAAGUUAAACAAAACAGUAUUUUUAGCCUUUGGAGGGAAAUAGUUCCUGCCAAUCGCUCAUCUCUGACAUCAGACAAGAUUUCACAAGAUUUAUUUUUGAGAUGUUCAAGUGAUCUACGCACAAUGAAAGAACCUUCAAUCAGUGGGAAGGGAAGUUCACAAGAUUUUGAUGGAGAAAGUAGUGAUUUGGCUGCAUCUAGUAUAUUGAAGAAACGUAGAUUGCUCAUAACUGGGCCCGACCAGUCAAAACAUCACGAGAAAUCCGAUCAUAAAAUAAGCAAUUUAGCGAAGAAAAAGAGUUUCGGGUUCACCGAAAAUGUUAGCAUCCAGAAUCCUCUAGAAAGAGUAGUUUUGCUCGAUGAUGAAAUUGUUACGGAAAACGGAACUGUUGUACAUAACAUUCGCGAACACAAGGAUGUACUGUCCCAGAGUGUACUUAACAAUAAGGAGGAGACAAAGGGAUCGGCUUUUCUCACCCAGGUUCGCGAAAAGCUUACCGAUGCAGAGUAUAAAGAAUUUGUAGGCUUUAUGAAGGCGCUGAAGUCUAAAGCGAUGAAGAUAGGCCAUGUUCUACAAUCAAUAGCAAGAUUAUUCUCCGUACCGGACAGGCGUCCUCUUCUUCACGGUUUCAAGGAUUACGUUCCUACAAAAUACCAUUCUUUGUAUGAGCAUUACUUGUGCAAUAAUAGCGAUGCAGCUGGCAUUUAAAACCUAAGAAAGACACUUGGGCGACGAGGUUUUGCCUUACUAGUAAGAUUUUCACUUGAUUUCCAAUGAAACGAGUGUUAAUUUAUAUCUCAAAGUGUAAAAACUUCCGAAUUCACGAACGAAGAGUUUACGCAGCCACAAGUAUCUCCAAUCCAACUCCCUUUUUUUUUUUUUUUUUUUCUUUUAAUGCACCAAUAUUUAUUUUGCACUAAUAUUCAUUUUUUUUUUGUUGUAAAUUAUUUUGGACAUUGUAACGAGUGGAAAUUGAUAACCAAUACAUGUUUGAAGUUUUUUCAA